UAAACUAUUCAGUCUUCCAACACAGCAACACAGACCUUUGUGUGAACUUUUUCAUUGAUCAUUUUCAUUCUAAGCCAAACAAAAAAGGAUAUUCAAAAUGUUCAAAUUGGUGGUGUUGUCUGUUCUUUUAGCCGUAGCUGCUGCUCGUCCCGGUUACUUGGCUGGUCAUGGCCCCGUUCUGGUUGCCGCUCCUGCCACCGUUAUCCAUGAGCCCGCCUAUGCCAAGGUUGGGGCCAUUGUCAAGUCCUAUCCCACUGCAGUGUCUCAUCAAUCGAUCUCCCAGGUCCACAGCUCUGCCCAUGUUGUACAACCCAUUGUGGCUCCUGUGGUGAAGACGACUUAUGCUGCAGCUCCUUUGGCAUUGCAUGCCAGCUAUCAUGCUCCUGCUUUGCCUUUGGCCCAUGGCUGGGCUCAUGGUUGGUAAACACGGAAGUUGGCCUGGAGCGAAUAGUGAUAAUGGAUUUGUUACUGAAAACCCCCCCAAAAAAUGGGAAUUGGCAGCAGCCUAUCUUCCCUUAUCCCUGGCACUAGUUGUAACUCGGUACUGAACAGUUGGACGAUGACGACGAUUGUUGCGUUCAAUUAAUUUUAGGUCUCUUUCUUCUAUUGCCCCCCUCUAUACACUUGUCAUUGCCAUUUAUGUUUGUUCAUUUAUCACUAAUUUUUGUAUAUAUUUUAUUAUUUUUUUUUUUAAUUUUUGCUACAAAUAUGUAUUUAUUCUAUGUGAUCUUAUUUUCUUUGUUGGAAGAAUGUAUGUCUGCAUCUCUACUUUGUCAUAUUUUCCUUUGUGUCAAAAAAACAACAAAAUUCGACUGAUAAUGCAAUUUUUU